AUGGAUGAAUCACAAGGCUACCAGCUACAGGAGUGGACAAUGCUGUUCGUCAACAGUGUCCAAGCGGAAAGACGAAGACGAGAGGAACACACAACGGACACAUGGCGUUCCAUUCAGGAGUACGCAGCAGCUGCCGAUCGUAAGAUCAAGGAGGCAUUGGGCUCGGAAGGCCCAGCUCUGCGCCCGGUG